CAAUACACAAACUUCAAAAUUCGUCAAUGGCGGAUUUCGAGACGUCCUAACAAAAUAAUUUACCACGUUGAUUCUUACAUAAUUUCGCCGAUUCCACCUUCGCUCCUGCAUGCCUUCAGCCAGGUGUUGUGAAAACAAACGCUAGAAUGUCAACAAAUGUGUCGGACUGCUUCACUAUCGGCAGUAUGGUGGCGUGUCGGACCUGCUACAAUGAGGACAUAGAAGGCGAGGUUUUAGCCUUCGAUCCUCAGACCAAGAUGCUGAUCCUCAAGUGUCCGUCGUCGAGCGGGAACCCGAAGCGGCACGACGUGAAUAUCGUGAACCUAUCGCUCGUCAGCGACGUGCAAAUCAAGAAGGAAGUGACCACAGUCCCGGAGCAGCCGCAGUCGCUCAAUGUCCAUAGACUAAACACAAGAGUACGAAACUCAAUAGAAACUAAGAGAAGAUUAGUGUCAGCGCUAUCUGCGUGCCUGGACCCGGAGGGGCAGCGGCUGUUCCUGGCCAUCGCGCGGGUUAUCGAGGACGUGUCGUGGGCCGGCCAGAACAUCCGCGUCUACAACGAGGUCACCAUCACACCACCGUAUAAGGUAGAGAACGUACUAGGCGAGCAGGACUCGAAGCCGUUCAACUACAUCCGCAAGUUCGUGGAGAGACACUGGCGGGAGCACCGAGACCACGCCCUGGCCAGCCACAGCCAGGCGUAGAGUGUACCAUUGUGGGGCGCAGUGUACCAUCGUGGGGCGCAGUGUACCAUCGUGGGGCGCAGUGUACCAUCGUGGGGCGCAGUGUACCAUCGUGGGGCGCAGUGUACCAUCGUGGGGCGCAGUGUACCAUCGUGGGGCCGAGUGAACCAUCGUGGGGUUGAGUGUAUAGUGGAGUGUGUUGUGUAGUGGGGUGGAGUGUUCAAUCAUAGAGCCAAGUGAAUGGGGUGUACCAUCGUCAGGCUAAGUGAAGUGG